AUGCCGGGUCAAAUCCAGCCCCGCACUUCCAAGGACUUGAAAGAUAAAGAAGAAGAGAACGAUCCACCAGCGAAGGCUGAUUCCAAGAAGAAGGCAAAGAAGGGAAUUCACCAGAGCUUGCUGUUGACACCUUCGCUACCUACCAAUCCUGAACUCGAUGUGUUUUGGUGGGUGUGCGGUGGGGCUCGUUGUUUUGAGUCGGUGCUUGCGGGUGGGAAGCGGGGGGUUGGCCCGGCUGCUGUAGACGGCCCAGGCCCUGAUUUGGAGGAGCUGUUAGACAGAGAGAUCGAAUCAGAAUCCAAACCAGCCAAGAAGAAAGGACGCCUAGGCAACGAAACCGUCAGCAGUGGCGUGGAGGCUGUGGGGACGCCACCAUCAAGUGAGCAGAAAUUACUCUUGACAUCCCAGGCCCUGAAGAAUCAUUUGAAUCUCAUGAUGAAGACUCCAGAAGAUUCGAAGACAUGUGUGACAACUCCACCCGCCCCAGUUCGUCACAAGCGUUGCUCCCAGGAAAUGUUGGCCUCGCCGCCAGAUCCUCCCGUGGUUUUGAAAACCAUCAACCACAUGCUGAAUAUCAUGACGGGCAACGACUUAGCAGCGUUUGCCGUGCCUGAAGAAUCCGUUUUGAAACCGGGCGUUGAUCUUCGAACUGCCAAGAUCACCCCAGUUGAGGUUGGGGACGAUGAAGGUGUUCAACACAAGGCGUUUCAUUACGCAUUCGAACGACUACACGUGAGGGGCCUCGCUGAAAGUAACUUCGACCACGGUGCUUGGAAGAGCGGGGAUCGUCUUGAGGCAAAACGCGACAGCUUUGAAGUCUACCUGAGCACAAAAGGCUCUGACUACUUUGAGGAAUUUGCUGAGUUGGUGGCUCACGACCGUAAUGAAGCCUUUGACCCUGAUCACCACCCUGCCGAAUGCAUGUCUGAGUGGAUGUCCAGCAAAGCUCUGAGAAACAGAGGGCUCUACGUGAAAACAAAGGCUUGGUUUGGCUUUCACGCUGCACUCAGAGAUCUGAUUGCUGAUUGGACAAUUCAGCUGGAGGCUUUGAGAGCGCUCAAUCAACGAGUGGAGAACGAUCAGUGCGAAGAUCUUCAUGUUGAGAGGGAUCGGGACAGGGAGGAAGAGGAGUUUGAUGGUGAUGUGGAAAGGCAGGAGCCUCGCACCAAGAGUGAACUCUAUGCCAUCUUCGGGAAGAAUGGACCAACUGCAAUGGUACUGGGGUUUAUGGAAGACCGCAAGCUGCAAAGCAUUGCGCGUAUUUUCGUUGAAAUUACAAGUCCACUGGAAAUGUCCUACUAUGAGACCCUCGAAGCUUUGAGCAAAGGGUGGAAUGAACAAUCUAGGUGGGUGAGCACAAGAGCCUCGGGCAGUUGGUACCAAGUAGUCAGUGGCAUAUUGGGUGUGUUGGAAACGUCCGUUUUCCAAGACAGGCUUCAUUUCACAAAACCGCUAAAGCCAGUGGCUUUGGAGGAGGGUGUGCCUGAGUGGGCACAGGGUGAGAUGGAGUUGCUGGAACUGGCAUUUGACUUUGCUGAAUGCUUGGCAGAAAACGUUCUGUGGAGCAAUGCUCGCUACUGGUGGAGCAUACCUGAAUUGCUGGCCACACUGUUACACUCCGAGCGGGGUGUGCGAAAAGCUGGAAUGCAGCAAAUGAAAACGAUAGUCGAGGCAGUUUUGGCAGCAGAGGCUCAUCAGUCAAGACAAAAGGAGUGGGCAGAGGUUCUUGCUGAUUUGGGCUGGCAGAAACAACAACUGCCACGAGAGGCUAUGGCCCUUCUUCUCCAAUGUGAGUUUGCACUGUCUGAUGUGAAGCUUCGAAAACUCAGCUCCAGACUGUUUGUUGGCUCACCGUCCACCAAGGACACACUGGAGAAUUGCUUUGCUUUUUUACACCGCAAGGCGGCAACCCACAGCACGAACGCCAAGAUGUCUGAUGCUUGCAAGUACACAUAUGCCAUUAUUUCACCUUACUCUGAAAGCGGCGGGGCACCCCAAGUACUUCCCAGUGCUCAGGAUUUCACUACGAAGCCAACAUUGCAAUCUGCAAGUGAGAUUUAUGAAUCCAAAUGGAGGAGUUCUGGGGUUCAGGCACAACAGCGGUCUGCAGCAGCAGCUGCUUAUUUGGUCGCUGAUGCUGCAAACAACUUCAGUCAUGUGGACGAUUGUUGGAUCGGUAGUCUCUUCGUUCCCGGAAAGGUCUACUUCAAUGCAAGUCUCGAUGUGUGCACGCUUUGCUUGGGGAACCGGAAGUGGACCACUGCUGGCUUCCCAUUGAAUCAAUCUGAAACGGAUCAGGAGUUUCUGAUCUUGGAGAAAGAGGUGAGAGAUAUUCCAGCCCAAACACUUGUUUGGAUGAUGAAUUGGAAAGUAUUUGAAUCAGACUGGGUGUUCCUUCCAGUUCGGCUUCUGGUUCGUGGGUUGUUGCCUGAGCCCAUCUUGAAUCUGGGUACAUGCUUUGCUUUUCACAUCAUGGAUCCUGGCGGGCAGCCUCUGCUAGAGUCUGCAGUUCGCUCUGGUUGUUGGAUCUCUUUGGCAAACCUUCAAUCUUUGUUUGCUGCAUUGGGUCUGAACAAACCUACCAGAGGAUCCGGAAAACGCUUGGCCAAUGGUAGCAAAAGCAUAUUGAAAGUAGACUGGGCAAGAAUGUUGGUUCAGCAUCUUUUCCCCGGUGAAGAAGAUGAAGCUGAGAUCAAAAGAAUGAUUGCCGGCAUCACGCAUCGGUCAACCAAAAACCUGUCCGAUGAUGAAACCAAAAUUCUUGACAUGGUGUCCGAAUUGGACGAGGAGAAUAGAAAUUGCCCUGAGUUCAAAAAGAUCGCAAAACUUGCAAAGCAGCAAUCUACAGAGAAAACAGAGACAAAAGCGCGAGCACAAGUGUUCGCAGAGAUUCGCGAGGAAGAAGAGGCCAGGAAAAAAGAGGAGGAAGAGGAGAAGCAGCGAAUUGAAGAAGAGAGACAGAAGGAGAGGGCUAAGAUAGAAAAAGCAGCCCUUGAAGCUUCUGAAAGAGAGCGUGCAAAGCCAUCUGCGGCAGCUUCUUCUGGCAGUGGAACCCGCAAACCAAGCACUACACCAAAAGCUUUGAAGGAUUUUCUCACCCAGGCUAUGCAGGAUGAUGGUAUUACUUUGAAUCGGGAACCGGGAUCCUAUGGUUACCGUGCAACUUACAGUCGUUCUGCACCAGGUCUGCAAAAGAAUUUUCAGAGAAAAUGGGGUACAUCGGCAAACCCCCGCGAAGAAGAUGCUUUGCUUACUGUCCUGGGAUUUAUUUAUGCACGAUGGAACGCGGACCACAAGUCCAGAGUGAACCUGCUGCUUGGCUUAUGCGGGGAGUUGCUGUUUUCUGUGAUGUUGGGCAUUACAUAG